CUUUUUUUUUUUUAUCUUUUCAUCUUCGCCCUCGCUCAUUCCGCCUUUCUUUUCUUUCAUUCUUCUUUUACUCCAUCCGUCCUUCCUCUUACUUCCUUUCGUCCCCAUCUUGUCCCUCCCAUCCUUCGUCAGGGCUGCUGUCACUCUCUCUCUUGUUCAAUCCAAUCGUGGGCGGAAAACCAACUAUAGCAAACAACUACAAGCACCAAAAUACCAAGCAAUGGCAUCACUCCCGCCAAACAGGUUCUCGGAGACAAAGUUCUCAGAGUCGUUCUGGUCGAACUCGCGGGGCGACUAUGUCACGGGCCUGAAUGUGCUCCAUGGAAAGAUUGACCAGGGCGCUGUUGAGGACCAGGAAAUCUUGACCUACAUCCGGGAACGCAUCGAGGUCGAGCAGCGCUAUGGAAAUGCCCUGAUCGAGAUGGGGAACCGUCGACUCAAGCUCGACGGAUUUUUACGCGAUGACGGAGCUUCGCUGCGCAAGACCUUCGAAACGAUCAAGACUGAGAGCGUCGAACUCGGUAACGGCCACCUGACGCUUGCUUCCAACCUUAGGGAACUCGUUCUCCAACCUCUCGUAAAGUUCAGCAGCCAUGCCCGCCAAUCAACCAACCAGAGCCGCGAGGAUAUCGAGCACCGUCUGAAGCUGUUUGAUAAGCAUCUGCUGGAACUCGACCGGUCUCAUGCGACCUAUGCCGCCAAGUGUAAUGCUGCAGACCAGGCCGAGAUGGAGGCGAACAAGAUCGCACAGGAGGACGCGGUCAGGAACGAUUCCUCGGGAGAAAUCUCUGAUGCGGAUCGGCAGCAUGAGUUUGCAUCGCAGCGGUUUACGAUUGUGGAACUGAACAAGUUUCUGAACCGGAUGAGGAGCGAGGUGCCAUCCCAGGAUGUGAAGGUGCCGAUCAUGGGAACGUACUCCCAUUGUUGUUCCGGUUCAGCCAUCGCACAUUGGAUUCAACAGAAUACGAAGGCGAGGACGGUCGAGGAGGCCGAGCAUAUUGGACAGUCGCUUUCGGAUGAAGGGUUCUUGAGGCUGAUCGGACAGCGCGGGAAUAAGUUCCUGGCGAGCCCGGCGAACUGGUAUCAGUGGCGGGAUCAGAUGUUUGAGUUGCUGGAGGAGGAUCCAAAGGAGGAGGAGUUGUCGCUGGUGAAGAAAACGAAGCAGGAGGCCGAGAAAGCUGAUGCGGCGUACUUGGCUGCAGUCAAGAAAGCCGAUCUCACUCGUCUCCAGCUCGAAGUUGGACUGUUCGGCCACAUGGACCUGCUACAGCGAUUCGAGUACGAUCGUAUCAACACCUUCAAGAACGCAUUCCUGAACUUUGCGGCAAUCUUCUCGAACAUCAUCAGUAUCACGCAGUCUGUGGCCGACCACUUGUUGAUCUUCCAGGAGGCCCUUCGACCAACCAAUGACGUCCAAUAUGUGAUUGAGCAGUACCGCACAGGAGCUUUCGUGCCAAUGCCGACGCUUUACAAUAACUUUUACCACGGAACAGGAUUGGACCAGAUCUUUGGAGUCAACAUUGACAAGCAUUGCAAUUUCACGCGCAAGAAGGUUCCACAGAUAGUGAUGAAGUGUCUGACCAGGAUCAAGAAAAGCUCUGCUGCUCUUACGGAUGAACAGAAAUUGGCUUGCUGGACAGCAGAAGUGCCUCUGGCAGAUAUCCAUAUCCUUCGCAACAAAAUCAACCAUGGUGGCAAGAUUACACAGAAGCUGUUGCGACUGUUUGAUGUGGCAACGGUCGUGGGCGUGUUGCGCCUGUACUUCUUGGAGCUCCCUGGGUCAUUGAUGAACGGCGAGGAUUACGAGACUGUGAAGAUCAUUUAUUCCAGUGUUUCGGAUGAUGUGAAUGACGGCAGGAACGAUGCACGGAUUUCGUCGAUCCGUAACUUGCUUGCACUGCUCUCGUCGGCUCGAUUCUAUACCCUCUAUGAAGUUGUUAGAUCUAUCAGCAACCUGAUCAAGGAAACAUCUGCGGACGACACAUUUGCGACGUUUAUUGCCCACCGCUGGGGACCCGUCUUUUUGCGCCCACUGGAGGAGACGGCGGUAACACUGCACGAUAAACACCCUCAACGGAUGAUGCGUGAUAUGUUGAAGAUGACGCACCAGAUCUUUGAGCCGAUCCGGAUGAGUCGCGAGGAGGGCAACCUCUCGCGAUCGGUCACAACGCGCGCGCCGGCUUCGGCGUUGGGCCGUCGUCGCGGUGGACCCUUAAACCGAGUGAGUCGUGAUCUGAAGGGAGCCUCGCUACUUUCAAACGGAAAUGGACACGUGGAUUUGGCAGCAGCUACGGCUGGAGUGCCUUUGAUUGCGGUCGGUGGUGAACCCUUGAAGGAACAGGAUGCUGAAUCGGGCGUUGGUGUUGGGUCUGGACCGAAGGCUGCUGGAACUGCUGGAGCUUCUGGACUAAAGGCAGGUGCUCAUUUGCAGAGACGAUUGGGUGGAGGGAAAUUUUCUUUGGCAAGGGGUGUAAGUGCCCCGGAGAUGUUUGUUGGGGUGGUGUCGAAGAAGAAGGCUGUGGCGAAUGGAGCGGAGGCUGCGGAUGGUGCGGAGGGACAGGAUGGUGAGACCCAGACCCAGACGCCGGGGCUGUUGAAUACGACGGGGUUGACACAUGCGGCAGGAGGAGAGAAAAGCAGUCGGUCGCCGUUGAGGAUGAGUAUAUCACAUGCGGAUGACACUGUAGAGGAUGUGGGGACGGAAGAAAAGAAGGACAAGGAGGACAGCGCGGCUGUGGACGAGACACAGCAGAAUACCCAUGUUGAACUGGAGCCCAUCAAGGAUGAGGAGACCACAACAUCACCGGCAACGGCAUUGGCAAGCGAUGAAGCGGGUGCUUCAGCCACGACGCCUGAGGAGGAGAAUCAGGGAGAUUGGAAGGCGGUGUCUGGAACUGAAUUCGAGGCAUCUGGACGCAAGCUAGAAAGGCGGCGCAAGAACCGCGUGAGUGCAUUGUCGCCGACUGGAACGAACAGUGGAUCAUCGGAUGCGCUGAACGGAUUGUCGGCCGAGAGUGUGCUCCAGGCCUUGCGGGAGGAGGAUGCCAAGUAAGCAUGGAAACCGUUGUCUCUGGGAGGGUUUGCGGAUGGCGCCGCACGAUCGGUGGUGGUACGCCGAAUGUGCUGCACAGCUGAUUGUUUUGUGUUACAUAUUUUUCAUAUUUCUGAAUUAAAUACUUUUUUGCAUUGCUCAUGUCCUUGGGUCUAUGGCGUUGGAGUUUUUUUUGUUUUGUUUUGUUUUU